CGCGUUUCCGGCGGUGGCACCGAGCUCCCCUGAACGGAACUCACGCGUGGGGAAGCCCUGUGACGUCACAUGGGGGGCAGUCCCGCGCUGUGAGCCUCACGGCGUGGGCACGCUCGGGCAGCUGCUCGGCGUCCGGUGAAAUCUCCCGGGAAGAAGAGGCAGUCGCAGCCCGGUCCUGGAGGCCCAAUCCAGCGGUUGCCUCCGCGGUGGCCCACAAUUGAUCGAAAUCUUCAGAAAAUUGAAGGCCCUUGCAUUUUUCAAAGUCUUGAAGCCUCCCUGGCCAACAAAGAACAUUAAACUUGGCUGUGGAGGCAGUUGCUUCUAUGCCAGGAACGGAACAUGCCGAGGAUUGCAUACCAGAGAUAUCAUUGACUGAAGGUCUGGAACUCAACACCCACUUGUUUUUAGAAAUGCAGAUUAAGAAAAUGAAGGAAAUAAUACCACAGUUGUAUACAAAUCAGGUGAAUGACAGAAAUAACUCUUUGACUACAUCCCCCAAACAACUUGACAGUGAACAUGUGAAUCAGCCCAAUGGGCAUGAAACUCAGCCCAAUGGGCAUGAAGCUCACCUCCAUGGUUAUCAAGAGAGAAGGGCAGAGGAUGAUGACAGGAUGUCUAUUGUGACUUGUAUGAGGUGUAGAAGUGUUCAAAAAAUCCCACUCGAGGAGCUGAAAAAGGACCAGAUGUUCUUUGCGUGUGUCAAGUGCAACUUAGGUAUAUCUCCUCCUUUCCCUUCCUUGAAUGAUAUACCAAAUGCCAUUGAUUUAGGAAAUAAAGAUAAUGCUACUUCAAGGACUAAUGCUAACCAAUUUAAAGUAAAAAACUUUCAGCCAGGCAAAUAUUACUGUGAUAAGUGCCGGUUUUCUACCAAGGACGCUCUGCAAUAUAAAAAGCACACACUCCAGCAUGAAGAUGUAAGAUUCUUUUGUUCACACUGCAGCUAUGUCUCCUACACAAAAGGAGAAUUCCAGAGGCAUUUGGUGAAACACACAGGGACAUUUCCGUAUCAGUGUGAGUAUUGUGAUUAUGGUGCUGUCAGAAAUGAUUACAUAGUUAAACACACACGACGAGUUCAUGAGCCCAGUGGAGAGAAGCGACCUUUUAAACAGACUCUGGAAUACCAGUCAAAGAGAAUCUGUUUUUCCAAACAGAACUCUGAGAUUUUCAGUGAAGUUCCUAAGUCAAGUUCUUUUCUGAAUGAGCCAUCAGAUUUGUCUUUAUGUUUCCCUGGCCAUGGAGAUCAGGACAGAGCAGACUGUGAUGAUGCUAUUCCCUUUAAAAAGUCCAAGGAGUGCAGCAAGGAGGAAGCAGCUUCAGCUCCUGACCAAGCCUGCCUUCCAGAACCAAGCAAAGUUAACUUUUUUGAGAAUGAAAACAUAGAAGUCGAGUUAUUGUCACCAGCCAAAGAAGCCGUGAAGCCAGGCGUGCCGCUGACUGUGGUGGCCCCAGCCGAACUGAAAGUCCCCGAAAACUGUUUAGCCCAGUUGAUAGAUGUGAAGGUAGUCAAUGGAACCCAGCAACUUGUUCUAAAGUUAAUUCCUCUGAGAGAAAAAAGUAGCUUUGCACCUGGCUUUAAUGAAGGUAAGUAUGAGCUUGUGAGCAGAUCCACAGUGCCAAAUGAGCGAGAAAAACUAGUGCCUACUGAACAAGCUCUACCAGCAGUGGACAGGAGUCCUGAAAAGCCAUUGGCCUUUAAUCAUCUGCACUCCACAGAUUACACCCAAGUGAAGGAUCUAAGUCGCAGAAAAACUUGUGUUUCUCAAGUGUUAAAGAAUAAAGUGGAGACUUAUCAAAGCCCAUGUAAGUCCUGUCCACAUCGUGACAGAAUUGGGGAGUGGAGGCAAGAAAUGCCUUCAGUUGCGUAUCGAGCAGCUCUUUCUCCUGUUUCCUCAAGAGAUGGUGAUAUGAAACAAAAUAAGUGUUGUUCGUCGUUGUCUGUGAUGAACAGUGGCACUUUAUGCAGUCCUUUGAAAAGGUCGGGUGUUUUGCCACAUUUGUCUGCCCUCUCCCCCCAUCAGAACCGAUCUCUGAAUCAUUUAGAGAAAUCACCUUCAACUUGCAAACCUGCUGAAGCUAUUGGGACUUUUGCAGAAAGAGGCAUUUUGCCAGUAAGUUCAAGGGCCUCUCUGCAUAGGAAUGAAGUUGGUAGUUUUAAAAUGGUAGCUUGCAGCAAACCACUAAAACAAGCACAAGCGAAAGAACCUUCAGGUAGUCCAAAUCAGGUGCCAGAUUCCUCUUCACAUGGUGAACAAUCACACAUCACCUUAAUUGGAGAAAAUGAUAAUAAGACCCAAGACCCUGAGGAGAUUAUUUUGGAAGAUCUGAUGGGAAUUACUAUUCAGAAUUCAGAAUGCACUUCAUCAGAUGGUCCUAUCAUUUCAUCAGUAUUUUCUCUCAGUUCUGGGAUUGAAAAUAUCCCCGAAGGAAUUAAAUGGGACGAUGCAAGUUGUAGUAGGACACCAUCAGUCAGUUCAUUGCAUAGAAAAUUUGCCCAGUUGGUUGCUGCUACUGAUUCUUCAGCACCUUCAUCAAGCACUGUGGACCACCUCUCCCUACCUUUGGGAACUCCUAUAGACUAUGUUCUGGGACAUACCGCACUCAACCUGGAUCCUCGCCCACGUCGGGAACUCCAGAACAAUGUUGCUGGUAUUGAACAAUUUCCUCGUCAGCAGAUGCAAGGUCAGGAAAGCAAGGAGAAGCACCCGGAGGCUGGAGAAAGGAGGAAGGGUCCUGAUGCCAGACCUGGCUUGGGAAAACUCAGUUCCACUGAGAAGGAACGUUUGGUAGAGAAUAAGCGGCCUUGUGAUGCGUUUGGCAACAAAAGGCCGUCACCAACAUCUGUUUCCUUCAAUUUUCUUGAACAAGUAGGCGAAGACUUAUCUUUGACAAAUAAAAGUCAGUCAACAGAGAGUUCCAGGAAUCUUGGUACAUCAUUGGCGAAUAAACCAAAUCAAGAACUGACUACUAGUACUGUCUUUAACCAAGCAAAUUCUGCAUGUUCACAACCAAAAGAAGCCACUGACAAGGAUCAACAGGAAAAAAUGAGUUUCAAAGAUCCCACGGGGUCCAAAAUUAAUACAAAGCAGGCAGUUAUCGCCAAGAAAAAAACAAAACUCCAGUCCGACAACAGCAACUUGCUUCCGGAUGUUUGUAUUUUUAUGACAUCAAGACAUCUCAGACUUAUGCCUGUCAAAACAGAACAAUUGAUUAAAUGCCCCCGCCGGAACCAGCCAGUUGUUGUGUUAAACCAUCCAGAUGUUGACUCAGUGGAAGUAAUUAACGUGAUGAAGGUUGUCAACAAGUACAAAGGCAAUGUCCUUAAAGUGGUUUUAUCUGAGCGAACAUGUGACCAGCUAGGUGUAAAACGGCAUCACAGUCGACUUAUCUAUCAGAACACGGAGGCAGUGUUCCCAGUGAAAAAGCAGACUAUGCUGAAAAUGAAACUUAAAAAGAUCCACAAGAACAGCUACCAGGUAGUGGAUUCCUUACCAGGUGAAUCAGUACAGGGUAUGUUUAAAUGUUGGUUUUGUGGAAGGAUAUAUGAAGACCAGGAAGAGUGGAUGAGUCAUGGGCAGCGACACUUGAUAGAAGCAACCAGAGAUUGGGAGCAGCUUUCUCCUCCUUUGGGGAUCCCCAAAUGAAUAGAUGGGAUUUUUAAAAAUUGGCUUUUCUUAUAUUAGGUAGUUUUUUUUGUUUUUGUUUUUGUUUUUGAGGCAGGGGCAUGGGAAAGGAAAGGAGUCAGAAUGAGAGGGAGAAAAAUUUAGAUUAUAUAUAAGGGUAAAAAGUAGCACUUCAGGAUGUCUGAAAUUUCCAAAAUAUUCUAUACAAAUCAAGUCUUUCUGCACCAUUUUAUGGAGACAUAUUAAUAGGGUUCUCUGUUAGCUCAACAGAAAUAAUAGACCGAGUUGUCCUUAACACUUAAUCUUGCUUUUAGUUCUUUGGUUUUUGCCAAAGAACAACUGAUAAGCAGCAAGAACGUGCCUAAUAGUGAACCAUGAGCCACAACUACUUCGCCUUUUUCCCCUUCCCCAACAAAACAUUGUUCUUAACCUGUUUGAGUAUAAAGAGACAAUAUUAAACAUACACACAACCCCCUUAUGAAUAUAGGGUGGUAAUUUUACAGUUGUAUUCGCCGAGAGAAAAUAAUUCUCAUUUACAUUCAUAGAACCUUAAAGUAACUUCAUCUGCUACUUUCCCUCCCGCCCCCUUCCCCUGCCUCAACCAGAGCCUCUGACAUUUUCAGCCUUUGUGAUGGAAACCAUUGCCCUGAAUGUGAGGAAGUGCUAGAAGUUUUACACAUUUUUUCAGUCUUAUUUAUUAAGAAAACUAAAGUCAAUGGUCCUGAUAUGACACUGUAAACUGAGAAGGAUGGUCUAGAUGCCUGGUGGUGUGAUGGAAAAGAUACACUAGAUGUGGAGUCAGAAGACCUGGUUUCAAAUAUUGUUGCUUGUGUGACUUGGAUCAAGUCACUUCUUUCUGGGUCCAAGUUUUAUCAGAAAUAAAAUGAGGUUGAUUGGACUAGAUAUAUGUGGACUCUUCCAUUCUAAGUCCUAUCUUUGGAUGCUAGAUUAUUGCCUAGGUCAUGCAAGUGGAAUGGAUUUUAGACAACGUUUGAAUUCACUAUUAUUUAACUGGACGGGACUAAAGGGAAGAGAGUUUUUGUUUUCUAAGUGCCUAAAUUUUCCUCUUUUUUUAGUGCCUGUUGCCUCUUAUUGUGCCCCUUAUUAUAUAGUAAGCGGCAAAUUAUCCCAAGGUGUAAGAUGCCCCUUGUCAAAAAAAGGCUGCUGGAAGUGGGAGUGGAGGGAUAGAUAGAUGAAGAGAAAGGGCAGGACAGGAAGGAGCAACCUUUUCCAGUUAAUUUUAACAUGUCUUCCUGGGCUUUACAUAGGCAAGACAAACCUGUUCUUAACAUCCAAUUUCAAAUAAAGUCAUGGAUCAUAUUUUUUAUUUCAGACCUUGAUGGCCAGGAGAUGUUAUGCAUUUAGAAUUGUCUGCUGUUAAAAAUAUCAUUUCUUAGAGAAUCAUAGACAGCAAUUUCAGUUAAUUGAGUUUUGCUGGCAGAAAUACAGUUUUUUAUCCUCUGUGUGUAUAUAUACAUAUGUGUGUGCAUAUCUGCAGCUAAACACAUAUAAAUGUUUUUAGAGUACUGUUUGAAAAUUCAGCGGUACCUAUUUUCACUGACCCCUUUUAUAAUGAAAUAACUAUAGUCUGGAAAAAUUUUAAGUACUUUUUUAUAUUCAAGAAAUGACACCUUUAUUUUGGGAGUACGUUUUUUAAUAAGUAUCAAUCUCAACUUGUAGAAAAUCUAAGCACAAUAUGUGGUGAUUUAAUCUGAUAAGAGCAAAUGCAGAAAUCUAUAUCAACAUAUCAUUACAUUUCAUCAAUACAGUAUUAAAAACAUGAAUAUUUCAGAUGGUGCUUUUAGGAACUGGGUCUUUAUUUAUAAUACUUAACUGAGUUAAAAAACAAGAUGAUACAUGUAUCAUGUGAAUUUGCAUCCUUCUAAUGUGCAAGGAGGUGUCUGGAAUAUGAGAGAACAAACAAAACAGUGGACUCAAGUUAGCUUGUGAAGAGCUACUAAAUUUUAUGGAAGGGCAAGAUUUGGGAAGAAAUAGAAAUGAUUUAAAAAAUGAGGUUAAAGUAUUGAGAGCCUUUUAGGAAACACAUUGGAGUGUUCAUUUGCUUUAUAAAAUACAAAUGUUUCUUCAAGAAGUUUUCCUGUGUUAUAUCAAAAGAUAGCUUCAUCUAGUUUAUAUGAAAAAGUUUUGUAGGGUACAAGUGCUUGUAUGUUUUCAUAGUUAAGCAAAACUGUUGGCUCAAAAGAAAAAUAAUCCUAUUAGAUUUCCGUAAAGUGUAAUGGACUGCCUUGCGAAGUGGUGAAUUCUUUGAGUUCUUCAAGGAGAUGCUUGAAUGGCCACUUGUCAAAACUAUUAUAAGGGGAUUCCUUAUUAGGCACAGCCUCUGAAGUCCUUUCCAAUUCUUUAGAUUCUGUGAUUCUGAAACUUGUAGUUUUCCUAACACAGAAAAAUCUGAAAAAACUGUUGAAAAUCUUUUAAUUUCAUUGUUUCCUGUAUAAAAGCUUUCUUCCUUGAAGCAAUCUCCCAAGACUUACUUGAAUAUAAAUAUGUUCACUUCAAGAACUUAUAUUAAUGAAAAUCACAGCAAAAAAUUUUAACAUAGUUUUUUCUUUCUUUUAGUACUCGAAGGGCCUACUUAACUACAGUUUAUAAGGAGUAUUCAGCACGAAUUCAAUACAACCCUUUUUUUCUUGAAAUGGGACCAGAAAGUUGGAUGAUCUUCCUAUAUUCGGGAUUAAGGUGUAGAGCAAUCCCGUGGUGCCCUGUAAAGUAGUUAAUGGUUAAAUUCAUCUUCAUCAGAGACACUACAAUUUACAAAUGGCAGAGUAUUAACCCUACAAAACUUAACCUCUCCUUUUUCCAGGAUAACUUUUGGAUUAUAUCUUACAGAAAGUGAGGUUAUGUUGCUCAAACUUUGUCAUCCUUUUGGAAUUUGUUUUCUACCUGUAUGCAUUUAUAAAUUACAAUGUUUGGAAUAUUUGAAGGAUUGUUUUAAGUCCUGUGUUAAUGUUUUCUGUGGUUACUGUUCUAAUUUUGAAACAUUUGUACAUAGCAAUAGAAGUGUUUACAUUGUAAAGUUUGUUAAAUAAAACACUUGCAAUAGUUUUGCCA